AUGGAUACUGCCGACGUCCUCCGUGUAAUCUGUGAGCUCAGCGUGCGGGCUUUGCGCGCACACCGGGAGCAACAGAAGCACAUCAAAGAGCAUCGAAACCUCCAAGAGGCGUUGCAGCAAACCACCUCCGACCUGGAAGAGACGGUCCACUUGGCUGGUAUUCUAUACGAGACCAACCAUCGGAUGGGAAGGGUGAUUGACUAUCUGUUCAAGGAGCGGGGGGUGGCCCCUAGCGGGGGAUCCGAGUCUUUUGAUCGUGCUAGACCAUGUACUCANGCCGCAAGCCACAUGACCGAUCUGGCCUAA